AUGGCCUCCCGGCCGCAACAUGUUGAUUACCGCUCCGCCUCACACGAUAACCUGCGGAGCGGGGCCCCUUCGCCGCGCAUCGAACACUUUGACGGCGAGAUCCCUCCCGCGCUGUCCCCUCUCGAUGCCUUUGCCGCCCAGGGUCGCCUCUUGGCCAGGCAGCUGGAAGAAUCCGCCCGGGGAGAGAGGCGCAUGAGCAGAUUGCCUCCUGCGAGUGUUGCACGGUCCUUGUCGCAGCCCCGACCAGGCUACUUUCGCUCUCCUUCAUCCAGCGAUUCAUACCAGUCUCAAUAUGGGAGAGGAGGCGGUGGUGGACUUGCACGGCGUCCGACGCAGAGGAACAACCCCGAAGUUGAGGAACCAAAAUUUCGUCCAAACUCUGAGCACCCUCGCAUUAGUGCGAUCUCAUUUCUCGCGAGCGAAGAUGGUGACCAGCAGGAUGAUGAAGAGACGACUUCGACGGACGAUCUAACCCCGAUUCCCGUAGAAGCAGGCCUGUUCGAAUUUCCCCGCACGGAGUCGCCAGAACAAGAUACCUCUCUGAGCACUGUCACAGAGCCGGCCCCUCGAUUCUAUGCUGCCAGCCCUCCGAGCCCUGUAUCUUCUCUUGGGGUUGCUAUCGCUGCGCCAUCUCGCAACUCGCCAACCGAUUCCGCUUCACGGCUCAAUGUCCCCCGUGGCCUGGCACCACCUCCUUCCCCACUGUCGAGACCUUCCACCGGUCCCAGGACCGCACAGCCGGAGAGUUCUGAUGACGAUUACAGCAGCUCCAAUGCUGGUUCGACCUUUUCACAUCCUCGGAAAUUUUCCGCCAGCAGUGCCAUGUCGUUACCAUACUCGCCCAUGUCAUCGCAUCCCCGUUCGCAUCCACGAUCUCCAUCGCUGAGCUCAGAAACAUCCAAUACCAGCUAUCUGCCGCGUCCGUCGUUCAAUUUCUCGCGACCGUUGAGCAGGUCUAGCACGAGUCUGUCUGCUCCUGUCACAAUGGGUGCUUCCGAAUCGACGCCUGCCAGCCAAUCGAACGUGAUGCAUAGGGGAAACAAGCCUGCUCCCAUCACUGUGCCUUCACGCCUGGAUCUUGCCAAUUGUUCGAAUGAGGAACCGUCUUCCGCUCUGUCAUAUGUUUACACAAAGUACUCGCUGCCUCGCGGACGCAAGGUCUGCAGGGACUCUGUUGUACUUUCUGAACCUCAUACUCCGAGCUUUGAAUGGGUAGAACCGCUAUCUGAGAGUUCGCCUCCCGCGGAUACAGGAGCACCGAUCAGAGCUACGCGGACACCAUCCCCUCCGCCCUCACGCCACGAAUCUGUGUAUUCGGAGUCUGUGCAUGCGCAAAAGGCGCGUUCGAUGUAUGACAUUCCGGCGACAUCGGGGUCACAGACCUCGGCCUCCGAGGCCCCCAUGCCCUCUGAGCAACAUGCACCCGCGCCCGACUCUGAGCCGUCUGAGCCGUCUGAGCCGUCUGAGCCACCAUCCGAUACACCUGCACCAGAACCGACAGUCUCUAUCAAUGACGACAAAGAGGAUACCACUUCUUCAGCGGACUCUGCAUCCACGAUCCGGCCGCAGAUCACCAGAGCAGCAACGAUUUCUGGUGUGCUUAGUGCCGACGAGCAUGUGGCCAAGGGUAUCGAAUGCCAUGAAAAGGGAUCCUUGAACGAGUCCACCUACCAUCUGCGUAUUGCUGCCAAACAGAACCACCCGACUGGAAUGCUUCUUUAUGCUUUGGCAUGCCGCCACGGCUGGGGGAUGCGGCCGAACCAGCGGGAGGGAGUUCAAUGGCUUCGCAGAGCUGUUGAUUGCGUGGGCUUGGAGCUGAUGGACGACUCGAGCGGCUCUGUGACAAUGCGAGCUAGGGAGAUGCAGAAAGCCUAUCGUGCGCAGUUUGCCCUUAGUAUUUAUGAGCUUGGGGUCAGCCAUCUCAACGGAUGGGGAAUUGAGCAGGACAAGGCUUUAGCCUUGCGCUGCUUCGAGAUUGCCGGCCAGUGGGGAGAUGCCGAUGCGUUGACUGAGGCUGGAUUCUGCUACGUGGAGGGGAUUGGCUGCAAAAAAGAUAUGAAGAAGGCGGCCAAGUUCUAUCGCCAGGCCGAAGCGAAGGGGAUCAAUAUGGUUGGAAACAGCUGGAUUUACAAGGACAAGUAUAAGUCUGACGAUGAAUCCACCCCUCAUUCGCGUGGCCGGGGGCGACAUGGCGGCACUCCUGAAAAGAACGCCCAUACGAAGUCCCGAGCUCGCAGUCUUUUCCAUCGCAAGAAGUCUUUGGCAGCCGAAGUUUGA